CUUCCAGUUAUGGGAGGAGUGUUUAUGGACUCACCCAAUGAGGAAUUUAGCACGGAAUAUUCUUUGUUUAAUUCAUCUGCCAAUGUCUACACUGCCACCUCAGUGCCAAACCAGCCAGAAGAGACAUCCCGUUCUUCAAAUGAUGCCAUUUUGUUAUGGAUUGCAAUUAUAGCCACAAUUGGGAACAUUGUAGUUGUUGGAGUUGUGUAUGCCUUUACAUUCUGAGAAGAAAGAGGACAGCCCUGGGAAACAGAGU